AUGGCUGCGGAGUCUCCCCGCUCUCUCGAUGUGAAAGAGAAUUCGCGGGCCAGCCGGGCGUCGGCUCGCCGGAUGCCGAGGCUCUCUGGUCGGUGGUCCUCCUGUAGACUGCCUCGAAUCGAAGUCGCGGACGAAGGUUCCUAUGCGACUGGAGCCGGGGUGAAUCCCUUCGCUUACAACCACGGAGUUGGCCAGCCGAAUCCCUUGCUUCCGACUCCCGCUACGGGGGUGAACGGAGACGCCUGUUUGCUGGAAUCGGCGCACCCCCACCCCGCCCUUCUGUCUGUUCCGAGCCUGCACAGUCGAACGACUUCUUCGGUUUCAACGCCGUCUUCGCCGCGUUUCCUCCAUCCGGAACGCGAAGCCGACAGUGCUUUCGACUCUGGAUUUUUGGGCGGCGACUCCGUGUCGGGCACCAUCUCUGGGCCCGCAAAGAGGCGCCGCAGUGUGCAUGUGGACGGAAGUGUGCAGGCUUCGGAAAGCGCAUGUGCGAGUUUCUCCGGCUUCCGUGCCUCACUGCGAGGUGGCGACGCCUUUGAUUUGGCCGCACUUUCUGCAGGAUUUCCUCCCUCGUUUCCCGCCCUGUCGCGGCCGUCCACCCGGGUCGCUCCGUUGGACACUUCCGGUCAGGCCGCGCCUGGCUCGAAACCGAGUGAGACACACUUGCCGGGAGGACAGAGCGCUGGGGGAGGGUCGGCGCCUUUUUCAGUAGUUGUUUCCUCGUCCAAGGACGAACCCGAGAAGCCGUCGCCGCCGGUGUACAUCGACAGCGGCUGCUACUCGCUGUGUUACCACACUUCCAUGACUGUGCCGCCGCCUGCGCUCUCGCUGGGGUCACUUCCCACACCUUCGCUGGACAAAGACCGCGAAGCGCGAAGAAGAAGGAAGGCCUGCAUGUCGGUCCUGCGAUCUGUGCAGUCCUCUCUUCGAUCCACUCCAGAAAGCUCCCCGAACCUCGAGCCGCUGCCGGAGCCCCAGGGCGUCGCGACGUCUUCCUUUUUGAGUCCCGCAGUGUCCCUGCCCGUUCCACCGCCUGCAGUGCGCCAGCCUUUCUUCCCGUCUGCCUUUCAAAGCGGCCCGAGUGCUUCGUCCUUGUGCCCGAGCUGGAGUGCGCAUGCACGGCGCUACAGUGUGGCGUCGACCUCCUCGCGCAGAAGCAGCAACGCAGAGGAACCGAGCGCGAAAGGCGACAAGGACGGGGGAGGCGCCGUCUGGUCCUCGCUCUGCCAUCCGGGGGCAGGAGACAGCGAGGCCUCCUCGCCUGCUGAGUGUCCCUCGCCGGCCGGCCAGGUGAAAUCUGUGCAGGAGCUGCGACUGCGGCCCGAGUGGUUCUCGCCGUGCACACUCGGGACACUCAUAGGAGCUUGCGUGCAUGCCUACGACGAAAUCCGCGCGGCGUUUCCUCCACCGGAGCCGGCUCCUCGCACCUGCCUUCUCUCCGUGCCUGCGCUGUACGACCAGCUGCCACCGCAUCUGAAAAACGGGGCCGUUCUCCUGGACGCGGAUGCGCUCGCUCUCGGCACUUCCCCUGCCUUCGUCCCCAUUGAGUGCUCGGAGUGCGCAGGGGAAGUGGAGCGAGGCAUAGCGAGCCGGAAAGCGGAGGAGGCGUCUGAGGCGGUGGCGUCGGUGAAUGAGGGGAUGUCCGACAUGUCUUCGCAGGGUGGGGAUGGCAAACCUUCGAGGCUGCCCGCGCAUCUUUAUGGCGAGUUCGAUAUCAUCGUCUGCGACACAAAAACCGUCACGGUGGCUGCCAUCGAGAAUACAGCCGCGUGCAUUCGGGCGCUCUGCCGUCGCCGGACUCCAAAGAUCGCAGGUGAUGGGCAACAGAGCGAGAGUGUGGACGCUGCCGCGGAGGCGCUUAGUGGGCUGUCGCUACAUGGCGGAGGAGCAGUUUCAUCCGCGAUCAGCAGAGGCGCGUCCGCCCUGCCUCCGUUUUGUCGCGUUAUCAUGAUCUCCACGUGCCUGCUGUCGCCAGUUGUCGACGACCUCCUGGGCUUGAGACAGUCCCCCUUUCAGCCGUACAUUCCGUCCUCCGCACUCUCGUCUCUGCAGCUCCAGUGUAUCUACAGCAACGUCUCGACGUUUCCCGGCCUGCAGAAACACAACACAGUCGACUUCUCCACGCGCGUGAGAGUCAAGUCGAGCGCUUUCCGACCGCACCACUCAGGAGCUGCGUCGCGCGAUGCUUUUUCAGACGGCCUGAGCCCUGUGAGGCGGGGCACACAGGAAGACGGAAACGAGGGCGGCGGGGAGAUUCUUGGAAGUGACGCGAUGGUUGCACGGGCACUCGUUCUUCAGUCGGAGGAAGAGCAGUUGUCGUCGUGCCUCGCGCAGGAGAGCGGAACGGUGGACCUCUGCGGCACAGAUAGCCCAGCAGAACAGAUGGACGAACGACAUGAGUCGGAGAGACAGGAAGCGCGGCUGCUGUCAGAGUUCAACAGGUUGCAGCUUCAUGGCUGUCCUAUGGCGAUGGCGGAGAAGAACGGAGCGCAGAGGAGCACUGCGGCUGUGUCUUUUGGUUUCUCCGGGUUCCUGCCUCUUCCGAGUGUACAGACACAGGCUGCCACUGCAGGUGUACAGACAGGGGCGCAAGCUGCCGGACACGGCAAAGCGUGUCGAGGCAUCACUAUGCGGUCGUUCGAUGACCCGACUGACGACGGCAUCGAUUACGAGCUGGAGUGCGGUAGCCACUUUGGAAUGGUGGGCCACGAUCUCUAG